AUGGAGAUGGUCAGUGUCGUGGAGGAGUACGCGCUCACGCUGGUGGCCAUGGCCGUCGGCUUCCUGGUGGUGGCAUAUCUCUACGAGCCCUACUGGAGAGUCCGGCAUGUGCCAGGACCCGUGCUGCUGCCACUCAUCGGCCACGUCCACCUGCUCGCCGAGCACGGCCCCGACGUUUUCUCCAUGCUCGCCAAGAAGCAUGGCCCGGUCUUCAGGUUCCACAUGGGAAGGCAGCCGCUCAUCGUGGUGGCAGAUGCCGAGCUCUGCAAGGAAGCAGGCAUCAAGAAGUUCAAGAGCAUUUCUAACCGGAGCAUGCCUUCGGCCAUUGCAAACUCCCCCAUACAUCAGAAAGGCCUCUUCUUCUCCAGAGGUUUGAGGUGGACGACGAUGCGUAACAUCAUCAUCUCCCUCUACCAACCGUCUCACCUCGCCGGCCUCAUCCCGACCAUGGAGUCCUACAUCGAGCGCGCGGCGAGGAAUCUCGAUGAAGGAGACGAGGUCGUCUUCUCAAAGCUGGCUUUGACCCUCUUCACCGACGUCAUCGGGCACGCGGCCUUCGGCGCAGACUUUGGCCUGUCCGGAGAGCCGGUGUCGACAGACAUUGAUGGCAAGGCUGGCGCUGGCGUCAAGAACGGCGGAACGGCCGUGAAGGUGUCGGAGGAGUUCGUGAAAAUGCACCUGCACGCGACCACGUCGCUCAAGAUGGACCUGUCCGGGUCGCUGUCUAUCAUAGUGGGCAACCUCGUGCCGUUCCUGCAACAGCCGUUCCGGCAGGUGCUCAAGAGGAUACCCGGCACGGCCGACUGGAAGAUCGAUCAUGUGAACCACGAGCUCAGCAGCCAGAUGGACGUCAUCGUCGCCGACCUGAUGGCGGCGAGGGAGCGCGAGCCGGCGUCGAAGCAGCGCAAGGACUUGUUGUCCGUGGUCCUCGGGGCGAGGGAGCGGGGCGGCGCGGCAGUGCAGGAGCUGCUCACUCCGGACUACGUGAGCGCGCUGACUUACGAGCACCUCCUCGUCGGGUCGGCGACAACGUCGUUCACGCUGUCCUCGGUGGUCUACCUCGUCGCCAAGCACCCGGAGGUAGAGGAGAAGCUGCUCACGGAGAUAGACGCGUUCGGCCCCCGCGGUCGCGUGCCCACGGCCGAUGAUCUCAAGACCAGGUUCCCUUACCUCGAUCAGGUGGUCAAGGAAUCAAUGAGGUUCUACGUGGUGUCGCCAUUGGUGGCCCGAGAAACAUUGGAGAGAGUGGAGAUUGGUGGCUAUGUCCUUCCCAAGGGCACAUGGGUGUGGUUGGCACCUGGUGUACUUGCAAAGGACCCCAUUAACUUUCCGGAGCCAGAGCAAUUCAGGCCAGAGCGGUUUGACCCUGCUGGCAAUGAGGAGAAGUGUCGGCAUCCUUACGCCUUCAUCCCCUUCGGCAUUGGUCCAAGGGCCUGCAUCGGGGAGAAGUUUGCGAUCCAAGAGAUCAAGCUCGCCAUCAUUCAUUUGUAUAGCCACUACGUGUUUCGUCACUCAAAAGCCAUGGAGUCACCGCUAGAGUUUCAGUAUGGGAUCGUGCUCAACUUCAAACAUGGGGUCAAGCUUCAGGUCAUCCACAGGGACAAGGAUUAA